AUGGCUACAGAAGCACCUACGACAACAGCUCCACCUACGACAACAGCUGUACCUACGACAACAACAACAACUACUACAACGACUACAACUACAACAACAACGACUACAACUACAACAACGUUAGCUCCUGAAGUCGAUCGUGAAUGGGAAGAUCUCAUCUUGGCUGGACCUACAGUAGUCAAUUAUCUUGGUUUAUUUAUGGUACUUGCAUCACGCAAAAGUCAAAUUUUAACUGCUCCUGUUGGAGUUACGCCUCAAUAUCUUAGCGUUGCUCAACCUUUACCUGCCAUACUUUCUCGAAUAUCAACAGAUAUGCAAACUGCUUUUAAACUUGCUAGUGAUGAUCUUGUUCGUACUAGAAGUAAUAUGGAUCAAAUUCCAGAUCAUAUAAACGCAGGUUUACUCUUAAUACAAACGGCGCCUAGUGCUCUUUUAAAGACACUUUUACCAUAUACAUUGAAAAAUGUUCAGCGUGCUGCUAAUGAAGGAGCAGCUGUUACUAAACCAACACUUGAACGUUUUCUUACGGUUGAAGCAAUACUUAAAGAACUUGUAACAUUGCUUACCUCUACAUCACCAGCAGAAGGAGAAGAUGCCGAUUAUUUAACGGAAGCAAAAGCCUAUGCGAAUGAUAUACAAACACAAUGGAGUCUUUUGGUAAAACUUUUCAAAAAAUUCUCAGAUCGAGCUGAUAUCACUGAAACAAGAAUUACCAACAGUUUUAUUAGCCCAACUGAAGCAGCAAAUAAUCUUACCACUGAAACCCAACGUCGCAGUCAUCUUGAUAAACUUAUUCCAGCUGCAAUUGCUAUUGAUCAAUCGUCACAUCUAUUAAAUAUGAUGGCACUUAGUUACGAUGAGAUAUCAAAUGAACAUAUGGCAAACCAAAUUGUCGCACAUAGACCAUAUCUUGGUCUCGCAACGGAAUCACUACGAGCAUUGAGUCAACGACAAUUAUGGCAAAGUACAAUAGCGCAAUCAGUAAAAGUUGCUCGACUUGCUCAAGUACGUCAAAAUGAAUUUGCUGCUACAAGUCCUGGCCGAAAUGAAUUAUAUUCUACUUAUUUAAAAGAUCCUGUUGCUGCUUGA